AAAAAUGCCAAAAAUUGAAAAUACUACAGGAAUGCCAAUUAAUUUGAUAAUUGAUGAAUUAAAAAGUGAUGAUAUCAGAAAAAGAAUUCAUUCAGUGAAACAUUUAGAUUUGAUUGCAAGUACAAUAGGUCCAGAUAGAACAAAAAAUGAAUUAAUUCCUUUCAUUUAAGGUAAAUAAAAAUAUAUUUAGAAUUACUGGAUGAUGAUGAUGAAGUUUUGAUUGAAUUAGCUGAAUCUUUAUCUAAGAAUUUCGUUGAACUAGUUGGUGGAUAAGUUUAAGUAUUGCUACCUACAUUUGAAGCAUUAUGUAGAGUAGAAGAUGCUUCAGUUCGUGAGAAAGUAUGAGAUUCAUAAUAUGGAGGCUGCUAAUCAAUUAAAGAAAUGUUUUACAUUAUUGCCAGAUUAAAAGAAGGUUGAAGAAUUAUCAAUAGGAAUAAUAAAGAGAUUGAAUGAUAGCGAUUAUUAUAUGGCAAAGAAUGCAGUUGUGAUUUUGAUUCCAGCUAUUAUUAAUUAAGUUUCAUAGAACAAUUAGAAUGAUUUGAUUAACAUAGUACUCAAAAUAUCUUAAGAUCAAAUUCCAUAAGUUCGAAAAUUUUCUUCAAUGUAUUUUUAAGUAUUUUGUUACAUAAUUGAAGGAUUUAGUUAGACAUUAUCCAAUAGUAAAUGAUGCUUUUAUUUAAAAUAUACUAAAUUCAUUUAUUAAAGAUGAAUAAGAUUUUAUUAGAAUGUAUAUAGUUGAUUCUUUGAUUGCUUCAAGCAAAACUGCAUUUUUUUAAAAACAAUAAAACUUUGUUCUAAAUAUGUUUAAAUAAUUGGCUGAAGAUUAAUCAUGGAGAGUGAGAUAUUAUUUUUGUGAAAAAUUAGCUGAUGUAUUUAAUAAUAAGUAUUAAAUUAGAUUGGAGAUUCAGUAGGAAAAGAAGGUUAUCGAAGAAAUUUUUAAAAUUAUCAUUUGAAGUUUUUAUAAGAUAAUGAACCUGAAAUGAAAUCUAUUGCAGCAUUAAAAAUAGAAAGAGUAAGUUCUUUAAUGGAUGCAGAUGACAUUAUGAAUAAAUUAGUUCCACUUUUAAAAUCAAUUUAAUAGGAUUAAAAUUCAUUUGUGAGAAGUAUAAUUUUUUAAAUACUAUUUUUAUUAGAUUCAUUAGCUUCUUCAGUCUUAGCAUUAUCACCAAUAAUUGGUAAGAAAAAUACAAGUGAAUAAAUUUUACCUAUUUUCUUAAAUUUACUUAAAGAUCAAGAUUCGGAAGUUAGGAUUACCUUAUUCAAAAAAUUAAGUUUAAUCACAAACGUUUUAGGAGUUGAUUCUUUAUCAUAAAGUGUUAUUCCAGCAUUGACAGAAUUAGCAUAAGAUAAGAAUUGGAGAAUAAGAGCAUCAACAAUAGAAGUGUUAAGUUUCUUUGCUAGAGCAAUAGGUCCAGAAUUCUUAUCAGAUAAAGUGUUGAAAUUACUAUUAGAUUGGUUAGGUGAUAAAGUAUAUUCUGUUAGAUAAACAGCUAUUUAAUAAACUGCUUAAUUGAUUUCAAUUCUAGGUAUUGCUUGGGCGGAUAGAAAUCUGUUAACUAAAAUUUGGAGCUUUUAAUCUAUCUAAAAUUAUCUUCAUAGAUUGACAGUACUUUUUACAAUAAAUGUAUGACUAAUUUAUUUAAUUAAUUAGUAAAUAGCAACUUCAUUGAACAAUGAUUAUAUAUUGAAAACAAUCCUUCCUUUGUUAUAACAAAUGUCAAAAGACUCAGUUGCAAAUAUCAGGAGCAAUGUUUGCAAGACAUCAAUUUCAUUAGCUAAAGAGAAAGGUGGAAAUAUAGUUGAUCCAUUAAAAAAAGUUUUAUAAUCUCUUUGUGAUGAUUAAGAUGCAGAAGUUAAAUACUAAGCAAAAAGUGCAUUAGAGUCAUUAUGA